AUGAAGUUCUCCCUCGCUGCUAGCACUCUUGGCCUAGCUGCCCUGGCUCUUGCUGCUCCAGCCGACCUUGAGGCCCGCACUGGUGGUGGUCGGGGCGGCGGCGGCGGCGGCGGCGGUGGUGGUGGUGGUGGCGGCCAAAACCAGGCUUGUGGAAGUAACCAACAGGCAGUCUGCUGUCAAGGUGGCAGCUGCUUUGUCAACCAGGGCCAAAAAAAUGGCGCCGGCCUCACUGUGAACUGUGGCGACCAGGACGCUACCGCCAAAUGCUGCCAGACCAACUCUUCUCCUUGGAACUGGACGCUCACCACGAAUCAGGGCUCCCUUAUCAAUAUCCAGGCUCUCAACUGUGUCGACGCUGGGGAUAUCGAUAUUCCUCUCGACCUCGGCGAUCUCGGCAUUUUGUCGUAG